AUGUCUGAAGUGGCAGGUAAGGAAAGCAUGUUCAAGAACUAUGCUUCCGGAGUGUUGCCCUUUAUCCUACCGGCGUCAACGGAGACCUCAAAACCCCCGCCUCCUGUUCCCUCUGCGAAGUUGCAAAGAUGGGCGAUGAACAACACCAAAGAAGUGGUUGAAGAGCCGGGAGACCUACGAUACGAAGCAUAUCUGUCGUUAUUGGAUCAUCGAAUACGAAGAGCAUGGCUAUACAGCAUCUACCUCUCUUCGAACGCCACGUCCAUUGCGGAACCUCUCUACAUCCUUCCUACCUCCGCGAACCCUUUCGUGCGCCUCGCAACCGCGAGCGACCUCCGGCGUGCUGCCGAGAACGAGAUUCUUAAAUUCUCCGCAAUCAUCGAUGCAGAAGAGCUAUACAGGCAAGCAGAGGAGGCGUUUGAGGCGCUUGAGACCGCUCUAGGAGAAGACCUUUGGUUCUUUGGUGCUGAAAAGCCUGGUCUGUUUGACGCAAGCGUCUUCUCAUACACCCAUCUGCUCAUGGACGAUAGUCUAGGCAACGGCUGGACUGAUACCCGUCUUCGGGAGGCACUGCUCAAGCGGAGCCAUCUCAUAAGUCACCGCGACCGCAUAGUCGCAUCACACUUUCCAUUUUCAAACCCGGGCAAGUCGCUGCAAUAG